UGCUUUGAAAUCUUAAAUCAGCCCUGACAUUGCCGUCAACAUGUCUUCCACCACUACAGAUUUUACUGAGGAGAGACAGCAGAGCGGGGCACAGGCGACAUUGAGCACGCAGUACGUCCCCACGGAAGAGGAGAAGAAUGUGUUUAGAGAGUGCAACAUGGAGAGUUUUUGGUACAGGUCGGUGCCCUUCUCUGUGGUCAGCAUGGCUAUCACUCAAGCCCUAGUUGUCAGAGGUACUCUGUCUGCAUCUCCAAGGUUUGGAUCUCUACCCAAAUUGGCCUUCGCUGGCUUCUGUGGCUACCUUGCUGGGAAAAUGUCGUACAUGAAGACGUGCCAGGAGAAGUUCAUGAGGCUGGAGAACUCCCCACUGGGAGACGCCAUUAGACAGAGGUCACGAACGCCUGCACAAUUUUCCAAGGGUCCUCAGUCAGAGUUGAGUGACCCAGACGCCCCGUCAUUCGACACCAUGUUCCAGCCAGCGGACGCCUCCAGCCAGAUGCCCACCAACACCAGAGAUUAUGAGUACAAUUCAGAGUCACCAGUGCCCAUGGGCAAAGUAGACGACUUCAGCGCUCCAGCAACCACAGACAGCUACUUGGAAGAUGAUGAGCCCAGGAGGAAGCCCAUCCUCUAUGAGGACCUGAGGCUCAAGAACAGAGAAAACUACGAUGUCAUGCUCACUCACAAGGCCGACACACUGCUCAAACCAUCAGCUGAGAAGCAGCCAGGGAGACCCAGGAACGACGUGAAGAAGAACGUCUAUGGAGACGCAUGGGAGGAAUAAGUCCUUUUGUGAAAUGUAAUUUAAUGAAAUAUAAUCUGUACGCUUGCAUCACAUAUAUAUAUAUAUAUAUAUAUAUAUAUAUAUAUAUAUAUAUAUAUAUA